AUGAAAAUCGUUCCAGAAAUGUGUGUUGUAGGCAAAGACUCUAAUCCCUACAACGAAGUUGAAAAUCAAGACGAGCUAGAGUCUGAACCAGGUGCUUUAUAUGCAAAUGACUUAGAAGAAAGCUUCAAUGCAAGUUUUACAGCAGCUGAAAUCCAGUUACUUAAAACCCCACUUAAAGACUAUGAGACUAUUGUUUCUGAAACUCAGGAGCAUGCUGAGUCUAUGGUUGUUAAUAAAAAUAAAGAUGACGUUUUGGGGGUCAUUGCUGAAGAUUGCAGAGGGCAUCAUGGUAACACCGGUAGAAGUUUAGAUCAGGCUGACAAAGAUGGAUCCCGGGAAGAUAUUAAUUCCUACCCAAGAAAAGAGUACCAUUAUUGUCGAGCAAGUUCAUCAAACGAAUAUCUUGGUGGUGAUUUACACUUGACAGUGAUGUACCGGCAGUACAAAGAAUGGUGUCAUCAGAAAAACAAGACAAUUAUCAAGCAAGGAACGUAUGAACACAUUUUUAGAAACGAGUUUAACAUUGCGUUUAACAAGCCAAAGAAAGAUCAACGUUUACUUUGUUUGUCGUCUCAAAAUGCUGUUGGUGAGGAUAAGUUACGAUUAACGCACGCUCAUAAUCAACAUUUGAAGGAAAGAGAUUUGUGCAGGUUAGAGAAAAAACAGACAUAG